AUGGCGCUAUACGGGACUUUCGACGCCUUGAUGUGCAGGGCAUUCCCAACAACCCUGCGGGGGCCAGCCCGCGCGUGGUAUAGCAGUUUGAAGGCCGGAACCGUCGCUUCCUUCGACCAACUCGCCAAAGAUUUCGAGCUUAACUUCCUGGCUUACGCUCGACCAAAACCGUCUGUGGCAUUACUCCUCGGACUCAACCAAAGGGAGGACGAGCCCCUCUCCCAUUUUGUGAACUGCUUUACGAUGCAAAUUCGCGGGCUGUCGAAUGCUCACCCCUCUCUAUUGAUGCAGGCAUCCAUGACAGGCCUGCGGCCUUCUAGGUUCUUCUGGUCUCUCAUGGAACGACCCCCCGCCGCGGUCCCCGAAAUGCUUCAGCGUGCUGGCCAGUUCAUCGACGCGGAGACAUGGAUGGCUGGGAAGUGGGAGGAGCACAAAAAAGUCAAGUCGGAGCCCCCCCGACAGCAACAACCCACCGCAUCCCGUCGUAAGUUGGACAGAUCCGACCCAAGGCCUCCUCUCCCCGCCUUGAAUUCGUCACGAACGGAAAUAUUUCUCCAUGAGAAGGGGAAGGGACUACUCAAGGAGCCCCACCCAAUGAGGAACCCGCGAGAGCUCGCGGACCAUUCAAAAUACUGCCGCUUCCAUCGGCAACAUGGGCACGACACUGAACAGUGCCGUGAGCUAAAAAGGCAAAUUGAGGAGCUCAUCCACCGAGGGCAUCUCGGCCACUACCUUCUGCCGGAUAAAGAGCUAUCAUCUCGCCCGGAGGGCCCCGUCGAGAGACACAUCGACGUAAUCACUGGCGGCCCCGCAUCGGGGGGGGGGGGGGGCUCCAUGUCGGGAAGAAAGGUGUACGCCCGAGCCGCUCCAGACGUAACCUUUGGACACGGGCCCGAGCCCGAAAUCACCUUCCCGACCGGGGUAUCCGAGCAACCCGAACACGACGACGCCCUUGUGAUAUCGGCUAGGGUGGCCAAUGCACAGGUAAGAAGGAUCAUGGUCGACACUGGGAGCUCGGCCGAUAUACUCUACUUCGACGCCUUCUAG